AUGGAGCAUACUUCGGUUCAGGAGAAUGAGAGCUCACUCAGUAACAGAGCGUUGGCAAAGUUGGAAGAUUCAUCACUGGAGUCCAAUAACCCUACCAACAAGCCUGCAAGAGGAUUUCGGUUUUGGGUGGUUUUUUUCUCGCUUUUUGUAGCGGUAUUUCUUAUUUGCCUGGAGGCGACUGUGGUUUCCACUGCUUUACCAACAAUUGCAAAGGAUCUAGCCCUAUCACAGUUUGUGUGGAUAGGAUCUUGUUAUGCAUUAGCAAAUGCAGCCGCGCUUCCCCUAUGCGGUGGUUUUGCUCAGGUGUUCGGCAGAAAGCCCGUAAUAUUGGGCUCGCUUAUUUUGUUCAUAAUCGGGUCGGCUAUUGGAGGAUCUGCACAUAAUCAGUCAACAAUACUAGCCGCCCGUGUUAUUCAAGUCUCUUUGUCGGAACGAGGAGCCUUCAAUGGGAUUCUGGGCCUUGCCUUCUGUAUUGCUGGUGGUAUAGGCCCUGUGGUUGGCGGUGCACUAGCUCAAGAAGGACAAUGGCGAUGGAUUUUCUUCAUGAAUAUUCCAAUUGCUGUUUUUUGCAUUUCAAUAAUCAUAUUUUCUUUGCAUGUGCCCACUCCGCCAGGAAGUGUGAGUGAGAAUGGCAAUUUUAUUAUUGUUGCCAGCACGGCGUCCUGUAGUACUGGAUUGACUUGGGGAGGAAUUGAGCAUCCUUGGAAUUCGCCACAAGUCCUCGUACCACUUAUUCUAGGACUCCUAGGAACAGCUGCAUUUUUUGUAUAUGAAGCUUUUGUUCCGACAUAUCCACUUAUACCAUACCACAUCUUCGCAAAUCGAACCAGUAUAAGCGGAUUUAUUCAGACGUUCAUACUCUCCAUCCCUCAUCUGAGCCUCCUCUAUUACCUUCCUGUGUACUAUCAGGCAUGUAAAGAUGCUUCCCCAACUGCGUCGGGCGUAGACCUUUUCGGCCUUGUGUUCAGUGUUGCACCCAUGGCAAUGAUUUCUGGGCUUUCCGUCAAUAUCUUUAAGGUUUACAGACCCCAGAUAAUUGCCGGAUGGGUAAUCCUAAUCGUUGGCUCCGGAGCACUCAGUAUUGUAAAGGAGAAUUCAACAAGAAGUUUGUCUCUCGGCUUGCAGAUCGUUAACGGCAUAGGAAUUGGGCUGGUUUACAUGACAGUAUACUUCCCUAUCCUGGCGCCCUUGCCUAUAACAUCCACUGCCCAGGCAUUGGCGCUGUACAAUUACCUACGCGCCAUCGCACAAACCUGGGGGGUAACAAUUGGUAGCGCGGUCCUCCAAAAUCAGCUUAAGAGUGACCUUCCGGUUGGCUUCACCGAUCAGUUUCCAGCCGGGGUCGCUAUCGCAUACUCGAUCAUUCCUAUCGUUCCAGGCCUGUCGCAGCCGCUAAAAGACCAAGUCCGAGACGCCUUUGCAAAAGGAUUGGCGACGCUUUGGCAGGUGCACACAGGUAUCAUUGGUGCGGGACUUAUUGCCUGCCUUUUCAUGCGAGGUCUACCAUUACACACAGAAGUCGACAAGAAUUGGGAACUGGAAGAAAAGGCAGUAAAAUCCAAGUAA